AUGCUUCAAUUCUUGAUCCUUGUCGCCAUCAGUCUCCUUUCUUUCCUGGCACGGGAUGUUGCUAGUAUCGUCCUUGAUGUUGAUGAUACACAAUCCAUUCUGGAGGCGGCCGCUCUGACCGCUCGAGGCGUAAUUGACCUGUAUAACGGCAAUCAACCUGGGGGAACUCCAGGCAAAUGGCCCUUUCCGCCCUACUACUGGUGGGAGAGUGGCGGCGCAUGGGGUGGGUUGAUGGAAUACUGGCAUUACACCGGCGACGACAGCUACGUCAAUCUCACGCAAGAAGGACUCAUUGCUCAACUUGGUCCCAAAUAUGACUUCAACGUUCCUGCCGAAGCCUUCGACACCGGAAACGAUGACCAAGCCUUCUGGGUCUUUGUGGCCAUGUCCGCGGCCGAAUAUUCCUUCCCUCAAUUGCCUGCUCCCUAUCCGUCCUGGGUGCAGAUUGUCAGCAAUGCUUGGGAAGAUUAUGUUACGCGCUGGAAUUCUUCAAGAUGCAACGGAGGCUUGAAAUGGCAGUUCAAUCCUCAGAACGCAGGCUACUACUACAAGAACAGUGUCUCUAACGGCGCAUUCUUUCAGCUCUCGGCAAGGCUGGCCAGGUUUACAGGCAACCAAACAUAUGUACUUUGGGCGGACACGAUCUGGGAUUGGGCAUCGGCAAUCGGCUUGGUGGACAAUAUCUACAAUGUCUUUGACGGGACUGAUGAAACUAUCAACUGUACCGGCAUUGACCACCAUCAAUGGACUUACAAUGUUGGCGUCUUCUUGUAUGGCGCGGCAGUGCUGCAGAACUACACCAACGGAUCUUCGCCUUGGAUCGAACGGACCGCUGGUCUUCUCGACUCAACCAAUACUUUCAUCAGUCCCUUUCGCAAUGCAUCCAACAUCCUGUUCGAGGCGCAAUGUGAGCUCUCCAUGUCCUGCAAUGUCGACCAGCUGUCAAUGAAGGCCUAUCUCAUUCGGUGGAUGGCCGCGACGUCGAAGUUAGCGCCUUUCUCGGCAGGUCGAAUUGGUGAGGUGCUUCGAGCCUCCGCCCAAGGUGCAGCAGCAUCAUGCACGGGAGGUGGAGAGAACAAUACAUGUGGCAGUAAGUGGUACAUUGAGGGAUGGGAUGGUAUAACCGGGCUAGGUCAACAGCUCUCGGCACUGGAAGUCAUGUACUCCCUCCUGGUCAAUGAGACCAAUCCACCCGCCACCUACCCAGAUGUCUCCAUUCUGCCUGCUCCCCAGUCGCCGACAAUCACCGCUACUGCCACCGAAGGGCUGCCAACUGCCAGUGGUAUCGCUCGUCCGCUUCACGAUGGAGCGGCGAUCAUUCAAUCCAGGGCCCAGAAUAAGAUUCGGCCCCUUGUCGCUGCCUUUAUCACCUCAUUAGCAUGCAUCGCCGGUGGAGAGGGCCCACUCGACUCUGCCGCACCACCACCGCCAUGUUGCGUGGCGGACAAGGCUAACGCGGUAACCCGUUCCAGACAAAUCCUCCUGUUCCUCACCGUCUCCCUCGCCGUGUGCGGCCUGCUUGAAAUGAGCGACAUGGGCGUCUCCCUCCUCUCGUCCUCCGGCCAGGGCGUGCUCGACAUUCACAACGACAACGGAGGCGGCGCCGGUGGUGAUGAUGGAAAGGGGGAAACUGGACAAGAGAAGGAACCCACGCGGCCUUCGGCGCAGAUAAGAUAUGCCUACAAAUACACAACACUGGAAGGGUACUUCCUCCAAGACGAUCCCUCGACGGUCGCAGCAGAUUUCGACUUCAUGGCCACAAACUUUGGCCUCAUCGACCGGGAGUACAACUCGGACGAGUCGCUCCCUGACAACGGACGGGACAUGACGGUGUGGCAGAGAUUCGAGCAUCAUAUUUCUUCAUUGAACCGCGCUGCGCAGGACGACGACGACGACGACGGAGAUGACGACAGGAGAAGCAGAAAACGCCACGGGUCCUCGGCGAGGUAUCUACUUCUGUUCCUCGGCCGGCAUGGAAACGGCUACCACAACAUCGCCGAGCGCUACUAUGGUGGCGAGGCGUGGGACUGCCACUAUUCAGCACUGGAUGGCGACACGGACGGGAUAAUGACCUGGAGCGACGCUCAUCUGUCCAAGGAAGGACAGAGACAAGCGAGGGAGGUCAAUUCGUUCUGGAGAAGACAACUCGCGGAGCAGAAGAUGAGCUUGCCGGAACUGUGGCUGGCGAGUCCCCUCGAUAGGGCGAUGGAGACCGCCGACAUCACAUUUGACGGCAUACUACCAGGUGAAGCCAAGUUGGAGGCCAUCGUGAUGGAGAAGUUGAGGGAAGGUACCGGCAUCCACACGUGCGACAGACGGAGCGAUGUUUCACGCAUCCGCCAACGGUUCCCGGCCUUCAACGUCGACCUGGACCAGUAUUUGACAGAAACAGAUGAAUUCUGGGAUCCGGACCGACGGGAACCAGACACGGCAUUGACAGAGCGCCUAAGGGCCUUCAUGGACAGUCUCAUGGACCAGCACGAGCUGAUUGGUGGCAAAGAGAGGCUCAGCAUCACCAGUCACUCUGGUGCGAUUGGUGCUCUGUUGAGGGUGUUGAACCACCGGCAGUUCAGUCUGGGCACUGGAGCUGUGAUUCCUGUGUUUAUCAAGGUGGACAAGGUUCCUCUCGACGAUGACCAUGAUGACGCAGAAAAAUCGAGGAACGCCAAAAGAUCCGUCUUGACCAAGGACAAGCGGCACGGCGGAUCGGGAGAGGGUGGAAACCACGAAGAACCCAAGCUGGACCUGCCUGACAAUGACAGCAGUGAAGGUGAAAAAGAGACGGAGAACGCAAAUCAGACAUCAGACAGUGACGCAAAUGACCGCUCGAAAUGGCAACCCAUCCCGUCCUGCCCUGCGGAUAUGGACCUCCCGACCAUUGGCCACAGCCGCUGGGGCGUCGGACUGAAAGAGUACCUCGAGGGCGUGGAGAAUGGGACGAUAUCUGUGGUUUAA